AUGAUGAAUCCACCGGUUGACGUACCGCUAAAGGUUCUAACUGAUAAUUUAGUUCCGCUAACUAAUUAUUUCAUGGUAGAUUGGUACCGAAGAAGUUCCUGCUUUUACUGAUUUCAAUGUUCUCAGUUUGCCGUGGUAAGUUGUCUGGGGAAAGUAUUGCACUCUGAGAUUUUUUUCAGGCGUGCUCGAACGUAUGUAGAUGCAGAUUACCGUUUUGUCGUUGAUAUUGCAUGUUGCCCGAAUAAAUUCUCAACGGGUUGGAACGUAAAAGCGAACAUCUCGAUCAAUUUCGUCUCUAAUAAACGCAAAAGUUCAGAAACAAAGGUUCUCUGAAAAAAUCUGAUGUCAAAUCAAGUUUUGUUGUUUUCAGACGUGCUCUUUCAGUUUACAAACAAAGUCAGCCCGACUUUAUUUAGUAAGAAUUAUUCAUUUUUUCUUAAUAAAAUUGUUAUUUUACCCACAGCCUUUUGCUUCUUCUGCCUUUCAUACUACUUUGCAAGCAACUAUCACAGUGCUCGACGUACAAGGAUUUGUAAAGUUUUUGAAGAAUCUUUUUCUUGAAGAUUAUAUUAUUUCAGACCUUAUUUGUCCAUUCCCAGCUUUGAUUAUUCGUCCCCUGAAAUCGAACAUGACGAGGUGUUUCUCGUAGAAGGCCAAUUCUUUUAUGUCCAGUCUCAGGUUCGCCGUGAUUUUUGAUGUUAUUAAGGCUCACAACUUACUAAAUUGUUGAAAAUUAGUGUAACUAAGUAAUUUCACUAUGCGUUGCAAAAAAAAUUUCCUUGACCUUUUUCAUAUUUUUUAAAAUUCAGGUAUGGUUUUUCUAUUAUAAAUUUUUUUUUUCAUUUCAUAAUGUGAUUGCAGAUCGUUUCCUUGCACUCUCCGAUACUCUCGAAAAUCAUCUAUGAAAAAAGAGCCGAGUUGAAGAGGGAAAUCGACUUGUAUGAACAACAAAUCAGUGGGAUCGAGUUGGUUGACGUCACUUCCGAAGAAUUCCGACACUUUCUUAACGCCAUUUACCCCAGUCGCGAUUUUAUUUCUAGUGAUCAUAUUUUUUUGUUUUUUUUGUUCUAAAUAUAUAAUUUCGAGGUGAAAGCGUCGAAGCUGUUCUGAAAUUAGCUGAAAAGUACCAGGCGACGGCUGUUUUUCCAAAAUGCGAGACUUUCUUGCGUUCAAUUGAAGGGAAAAAAAUUGAUUUCGUGAGGCGAUUGGACUGGGCCACGCGUUUCGGUAUGGUGUAUCUCCAGGUGAACAUUUUACUGAAUUUUGAGAAGCGCUUUCUAUUUGGAGCUUUUUUUUCUGAAGGCUACAGUUUUAAUUUCAUUUUUUGAUGUGAAUCUUAUAUAUUGUCAGGUUUUUUCUAAUUAAAAUUCACUACAUUUUUCAGUUUUGUGAAAAGCAAAUUUUUAGACUCAAUUUCUCUCAAAUUAAAUUGUAGAGAUUUGGAAAAAAUGUAAAUAAAUAGAGCAAUAAUUUUUCAAUUCACGAGCAUUUUUAUAGUCUGUUCAGAUUUUGAAUGUCAAGUAGAAUGACGUCAUUCAAAAACGCUCUGUGGAUGGCUCGCUCUCUGAUUGGUUCAUCGCACCAUUAUGGGCGGAGCUUGAGCGACGACUUGACAUUGAAAAUAUGAACAGACUAUACCACCAAUUGAAACUUUUUAGCAUGAGCUGUUCAAAUCGCUGGAUUCUUUCGAGAAAUUGGCAAAAGUCGGCGAAAAUCCCGAAUGGAUCAACAUGUGCGAAACGGCCAAAACAGGAUUCAUGGAGGUGUUUUUCCGGCUUGAAAAAACGCCUUCAAAUCAACUUUUCCCUCCUCUUUGAUUAUUUUGUUGUCCGUGAAAUUUUUCUCGCAGUUUCCGUUUUCUUUUUUUUCUGUUCCAUAGAUUCUGGAAAAGUUUAACUCAGAAAAUUGUCCAGUUUUGAUGAGACGGGUUCCAAGAUACAAAAGUGGAUGAUUUUUCGAUUUUUAUGUAUUUUUGAAAUAUUUUUUUCAGAAAAUAUCUAAUUAUCGAGCUGAAAUUGGAACCCAAAAAUUUUUUAGACCUUUUUCUAUUUAUUUGCUUCUAUUUUCACACCUUUUAACCAUUACUGUUACUCCCAAUUACUCCAAAUCUAUAUGCACAUAUUUUUUCACAACAUAUUUACCCUUUUUUCCUUUUUCAAAAUCACCAAUUUUUCGUCAAAUUUUUCUGUUGCUUCCUGUGUACAAACUGUUACUGUUAUUUAUCAAGUUAUCGUUCAUUCCUUCACUUACAUAAAUUUUAAAAAAGCAUUUCAAUUUUCAAAGUCUCGUACUUUCAAAUUGGAGUUACCUCGAGGAAAAAAGAACCUUUUAAAUAUCAGAUGUCGCUUACUUAUAGAAGAAAGAAGAUCGGCUGUCCGAACGACCAGAAUCAUUAAGUCCGAUAAAACCGAUCAAAAUCUUGGAAAAAAAACAAAAAUUAUGACUGGAGCCCGUAACCCGAGAGAAGGGCGAAUCAAAAUUUUUGAUGAAAAUUAGAAAGAACAGCGGAUCAAUAUAUUGAAUGAACUCGAAAAAGUCUCGUUUCUCUCAAUUUUUCAGAAUUUUCUAAAUUAUUUUUAGGCAAAAAUUGCCGGAGCCGUUUUUGAGGCUCGCUGGAAUGUUUGAAACCACGGCUCUUUUUUCAAAAUGAGAAAAUUUUCUGCGCUCCGAAAAAGAAAAAAAAAUUUGCAUUGUGCAGCGAUUGGACUGGGCCGCCCGAUACCGUAUGAAUGACCUUGAGGUACGUAACAAUUCUAGUUCUGAUACAGAUUUUCUGUUUCAGAACGACCUGUACCAGUCGAUGAACGGCCUCCACGAAUUGGCCAAGUUGGCCGAAAAUCCUGAAUGGAUCAGUUUCUGCGAAUCCGCCAAAAACGCGAUUAAUCGACUUUUUCUAUUGCCUUGUUUAAUUUUCAAAACGCCUUUUGUGUAUACUUCGAACUCUCUCUGUCAGACUUCCAUGUUUUAUAAUAAUUAUGAACAUCUCGAGAUUCUUGGCCAUUUUUGCUUUUUUUCGGACUCAUAAGCUCAUCUACCACAUAUGCCAUCAACUUUCAUGCAUGGAAAUUAGCUCAACGCUUUUAAAUGUAUGAUUCUACUCUGCUCCACCCUGAUAUUCCUAAAAACUUCUUUGUCAUCCAAGUUUUUAAUUUUUAAUAUUUUUAAAAUUUUUUUCUGCCUUUUGAUUAUAAACUUAUUUUUGUCAAAUAUGGUUUUUGUUCCUUUUUUCGGUUUAUUCUCAAAACGUUACUUUAAUGCCAGAUUAUCAAACAGUAAGGAAAGAACUUUUUCUUGGAAAAAGGUACCGUCUGUUUUUGUAAAAAUAACACUGUAAACUGCUUUUUGCAAGUUUAGUCUAUGAAAAGAUAGAUUGAAACUCUCCGGGAAUUAUUUCAUUGAGAUAUUCAGAGCUUAUUGUUUCUUUUUCCUUUUCUUUUGAGAAUUAACUUUUGCAGAUGCCACCUGCCAACAAGAGAAUGAAGGUUGGCCAACAGAAUUACUACAGCGCCCAAGUUAAAGAUCUGAAAGAAGAAAAAAGCAGAAUUAUCGAUGAACUUCAUGAUCUGCGAGAGGAAAGAACCAGACUUAUUGAUCAUCACCGUCGUCUGGAAGAGGGAAUGGUCGAGACUGAAGCAUUCGAACCGAGCGAGCAGAAAAUCAAACUUCUCGAUGAAGUCCUGGAUCUGAGGAGAGAAAGAAACAAGAUUCUCGAUCGUACCUACACUCUGCAAGAACAAAAAAACUUUCUUCUCAAUGAAGUGCACGAUCUGAAACAAGAAUGGAUCAAGCCUGACGUCUCCGGCCUGAGAAAGGAACGGAUCGAAUUGCGCGAUCAGCUCUCACAAAAGUCAAAAGAGUGUGCCGAAGUCAAAUCGGAACUCAAUGACUUGAAGUUGCGUUUCAACAGCUUAUUCGGAAAUACCGACGUUGUGCACCUUGAGAACGUAAAAUUGAAGGCCACCCUGGAAGAACUGAUCAAGUCCAACUCGGAACUCAAGGAGAAGCUCGUGAACGCGCACUGCGAAAACGCCAAAAUGAACGCGAUACCACUGCAACUGAAUAUGGCCAGAGCGGAGACCAAAGUUCUGCGCAGAAAUCUCGAAUCUCUGUCGCGUAAGAAUGAGCAGCUCCAAUCUGAGAAUCAGAACUGGAAGGCCGUCUUGUCUGCCUUGGCCGACGCUGCCCGGUUCAAAAACAGAGAAGUACGUGAUGCAAGCCUGUUCGCCGCUCAAGGUAGAACCCAAAAUAAACUUCCUUUUCGAAUUUGAUUUCCGCCAGAUUGCCACGGCCCAAACUCCAGCUCAGAACGAUGCCAAAUCGGUUCACGUAACAUGGUACGUUUCGCAUUUUUUGAAAUUUUCAAAGGUUAAAGGAAAAAAGUAUUAUUUGAAAAAAAAUCACUGGAUAUAACUUUAAAUUUGCGCUCCGUGAUAAGGCACAAAACAAGAUGAUUUAUAAAUUUUACAUGUGGUACGAAAUGGAAAAAAUAUAGGCGCUGAGGAGGCGUGACCUGUCUGCGCUCUAUGCCAACCAGGCACUAUCUCUUCUUUUAUCGUGUCAGGACCCAUUUUUCGAUGGCUCGAGCCAGUCGUGAGUCAGCUGGGAUGUAUUGCAAAUUUCCAUCAUCCAUCAUGUUUAAUUUCAAUUUUUUUUUCAUUCUUUGAGAAUUUCUCGAAUGCUCUUUAUUCAUAUGACAUGCUGAAAACAAUUUCCUGAAUUUUUUUUAAAGCUUUUCUCAAGUCAUUAAAUAAUUCGGACCUAGAACGAACCAUUGAGCGCGGUGUAAAAAAAUUUGAUAACUUUUUGGGUGUUUAAAAUCAAAAUGUUGAAUGCGCGCGUAUAGCUGAUUCACGGCUAGGUUGGGACGUUAAGGGGGCGUGUCCUGUCUGCGCUCUCCACGCGCCAGGCGCUGUCUUGUGCAUUAUCGUGUCAGGAUCCUUUUUUUUCGAUGGCUCAAGUCAGCCUUGAAUCAGCUAUAAGAGCUGUAUCUCGUAAGACACAAUUCUUUUACGACCCCCAAAAUUUGUUCGCAAAAUUCCAAUUUUGCGUAUUUUGCGAAUUCAUUUCAAACGAAAAACACGUCCAUUUUGUAAUCGUCGAGAUAAUUUUAAACACGGCGUCAUCGUUGGAAUGAUACAGCUGAUUCACGGCUCGCCUGAGCCAUGAAAAAAAAGGGUCCUGACGCGAUAAGAAAAGAGACACUGCCUAGUUGGUGGAGAGCGCAGACAGGCCACGCCCUUUUUCGUCCUCAAGCGAGCCGUGAGUCGGCUAUACUCGGAGCUUUUCGUGCGGAAACUUAAUAUAUUAAAUUUUGCGAAGGCCUGAGCUUUUUUUUUCAUUUUUUAGGCAAGCGCGAACGUUUUUGGAUGAGUCUUCUCGAUCCAUUGUGGAAAUCACAUGUUGUCCGAAGAAUCACUUUGAUUAUUGGAACGUUAAAGCAAAUAUAUCGAUUAAAUAUCUUCACAACAGACUGAAUGUUUCCGAAACGAGGGUUGGUUUGAAAAAAAGUGUCCAUUAGUUUUAAAUUGUCAAUUCUAGUUUUUUUCAUUCGACUCGCUCAUGAAGAGAGUUCAAAUGGUUCUGAAAAAGGUAUUCCGUUUCUAUUUAGCCAAAAAAAAAAAUGCUCCAGAGUAAAUUGUCAGCUUCGAAACAUUUUUCAUUCGGAUAGAAAUCUCGAUGCUCUAAAAAAAUUUUUUUUGUAGAAAAACACCAGUGCACUGCAAACUACGAUCGAAGUUGUUGAAAUGGAAGGAUUUGAGGGGUUUUUUUCCUUUCUAGUUUGAUCCCUUUUUGUAACAGUUGCUUUCAAGAGAUCAAGGACCAUUUCUAGUGUUCGAUUUUUCAUCUUCUGAAACGGCUCACGACGAAGUUUUCUUUGUAGAAGGCCAACCAUUUUAUGUCCAUUCGCAGGUUCGUUGUGAGUUUUCGAAAUUCGCAUUUGGAAAAAUUUUCCUGUACAACGUAUGAAAAGAGAUGCGGAUAUCUAUUAUUAAUUCGCGUAAACGGAUAUUUUUUUCAUGUGCAUUUAUUGCAUAUUUACCAUAAUUACAAAUUAAUCGUUCAGAACGUUUUUCGUGCAUUCUUCGGUCCUCGAAAAGGAUUGUCAAUGAAAAGAAAAAUGAAAUGAAAAGAAGACAAAAUAAAAGAAAGAAAUCGAAGAAGAACAAAUCAGUGGAAUCGAGCUGAAUGACGUCACAGCAGACGAGUUUCGACAUUUUUUUGAACGCGAUUUAUCCUGUUCGCAAUGGAAUUUGUGGUGAAUUCUGCUCCCAAACAUUUUUUUGAGCGAUUACAUUUUUAUUUUUGAGCCGAAAGUGUUGGAGCUGUUCUGAAACUGGCCGUAAUGUACAAGGCGACAGUUCUUUUUCCCGAAAUGCGAGCGGUUUCUGCGCUCCGAAGAAGGAAAGAAGAUUUGCGUCGUGCAGAGGUGGGACUGGGCCGCCCGUUACCGUAUGAACGACCUUCAGGUACCCAUUCAAACUCUGCAAACAGCAAAAAGUGUUGAUUUUUCUGCUUCAGGAAGACCUGUACAAGUCGAUGAACAGCCUCCACAGAAUUGGCCAGGUUGAGCGAAAUUCCUGAAUGGAUCAACAUGUGCGAAGCCGCUAAGAAUCAGUUUAUUGCAUUUUUUUCUUCCGCCUUGAAAAAAAUUAUUUUCUGAGCAUAUUUUGCGUCUUCUUUUGAAAUUGUUUUUUUCGUUUUAUCUUUUGCCUUCGAAGAUUUGUAUGUCUGCUUUUCUAUAGCAUCACCAAGAUUUUUUUGGAAAUUUUUUUCGAACUUUUAAAGUACUUUGAAUCUACUCAUCCACGCUCUAAAAGAAAAAAGUUCAGUGAAUUUUUUCCCAUCCGUAUUUUAUUAACGCUAACUUGCGCCAAGAACCGGUGUGACCAAAAAUUAUUCAAUUUUUUCGCGAUUUUAUUGUCUCGGCUCAUUUCCUUCCCAAAUGUAUACACUUUCCGUCUUUUCCCUGCCAAAACAAUAUUUUUCCGAAUUUUUGUAAUUGUGUUUUUUUGUUCCUUUUUGUUAUCUGUUUUUGUUGUUAGAAUAUAGUUUUUAUUUUUUGGAGUUGUGGUUUUGUUUUUUUCAGUUUUAUUCUCAGAAUGUUACCUUUACGUUCGAAAGAAGAGGUGUAGAUUAUAGUCAAUUCUUCCCGACUUGAAAGGAAAGGGUUGCGUAUAGUCAAUGUUUCCCGACUUGGACUCGUGCCAAGAACCGCGAACGCACACGCUACGCGUCCCGCCCCUUGCCCCGCCUCCUUCACCUUUCAAGUCGGGAAACAUUGACUAUACGCGAAAUUGUCACGUUUUUCUUUUCGUCAAAAAUACAGUAACCAAAUUAGAUCCAAUUAGACCAACUUCGCUUCAAGACCUUUUUUUGCUUUUUUGUAAAGUAGAAUUGCAAUGAAGUUUUUUUUAGGGUAGCAUUUUUCUUCUGCUGUUCUUGAAUAACGAGACCACCUCGCGCGGAAGCCGCAAAACUCAAAAAAAAGACCCAAAAACAAUGGUCGUGAAGCGAAAUUGGUCAAGUAGUUGAACUAUUGAAAAUAUAAAAAUCAUGAAAGUCUUUAUUUACUUUCCAUGACCUCCAGAAUAGUACUUAUUUGUUUUCAGAUGUACUCACGACCAGUCAAAAGGAAAAAGCCUGCCGUUUUGGAACGUAACAGACGCGAAAUAAAGGAUUGGAAAGAGGAAGUCGAAACUCUGGGAGAGGAGAGAAUCGUUAUUCUUCGGAAUCAUCCUCAAAGGGAGCGAGAAAUCAAGAUUCCAUUACAUGAUCCAAAGGAGGAACCAUACGAACCCGCAGAUACGAAGGAGCAGCCGAAGAAUCUACUCGCCCAACUGAAGAAGAAGUCCGAAAGAGUGCGAUCGAGUCAAAUUAGAACUGUUGACUCUCAAACAUCGUUUCUGAGACCCUCGUCGAAAAUUCGGAUGUCCUGCACUUCGAAAAAGCGAGACUCAAGCCUCCGUGGAAGAACUGACCCAGGCCAACACCGAAAUGGGAAAUUUACGGAAGAAUCUCAUAACUUUGCACAAUGAGAACACCAAACUGAAAGCCUCCGUAGAAACGCUGAAUCAAAACGAAAUUGGAACCCGAAUAUCUACGCGAAGAACUGAAAGUUUCCCACUGCGAAAAAUAUGAAAGUGUCGAAUAUUGAACUGAAAGAGACGUUGCACGAACUGGAUUUGGCGAGAGAAAGGGUCAGAACACAACAAAAAGAACAUCAACUUUCUGUCUCUCCAAAAUGAGAACCUCAGAUUCGAGAUACAAGACCUGAGGUCCGUCUUGUCGGUCUUCAUUGGAUCCGAAAAGAAAUGAGUCGCCUCUCACGGUGAUGAUAAUAUAUUCACUUUGAAAUCAUUGUAUUUUUGAUUUCAGGUCACCACGAACGAAGCUCAAGCUGAUGCUCAAUUGGUCAACUUUAAAUGGUGCGUCUUGUACAGCCUGUGUAUCACGACUUGAAAUUUCACCGAACGACAUUUCGCUGUUCCGCAGCGUGCUCGGCCGCGCCUCCACUUUUUUAUUUUAUUUAAGAACUCGACCAACACGUGUUCCUAGUGCAACAGUCCAUCUAUCAGAAAUGAGAACCAAUUUACAGCGAGACCGAGGCUCGCAAAGACCCUUCGCGACGCAGCGGAACAGCGGAAUGUCGUUCGGUGAAAUUCCAAGUCUUAGCACAGAGACUAUAAUUGAAAGGUUUUGAUGGAAAAUGAGCAGGACCGUUCAACCAAAAAAUAAGUUCAAAAGAAAUGGUUUGUAGGGCAUGUGCGCUCCAUGAAUAAUAUACAUUCAGGCCAGGCUUGGGCGAGGGCCGGCCCGUCAACCUAUCGGCCCCGCGGCCACUUUCCAAGUCCGGCCCUAGAGAGGCCUUAAGCAUAAAUGGCCAGCCCGGACCAAAAAUGCUCAAAUUUUUUUCUCAAGUAUAAUAUCAAGCCUUUCUACGUCAGAAAUCAUUUUUAAGUCAAAAAUCAACCGGUCAUUCAUCUCAAUAAAUAUAAUAAUUUUGACAUUAAUUGUAUCAUUUUGAACUAUUAUUUUUUGGAAAGCUCCUUUUUUGCUAUCUUUUUGCGACAUUCCAUCGGCUCUUGUGCACCAUUCUGACUGCUUCUCCCCUUUCCCCACCAAGUUUCGAACAUUUCAAGUUCUAGAAAUGCUCGAUAAAAGGAAUCUUAUUGCUGUCUUGUCGCAACCUUUCUUUAGACCUCCCCCUUUCAGCGGCCAUUAUCCGACAUACCGAUUUUGCCCGAGUAUGAAUUUUUCCCUGUUUCCAGGCGAGAACGAACAUUUUUUAACGAGUUUUCUCGUUGCGUUGUUGAAAUUACCUGCCGUCCUAAGAAGUUGUCGAAUUGUUGGAGUGUUAGAGCUAACGUCGGGAUAUCAUACGUCUACAGACAUGAGAAAUUUUCAGAAAUGAAGGUUUUAUUUUUUUGAUUAUUUUUAUCGAAGUUCUUUUCAUUUUUAGACCUUUACUUUCAAUCCAUUGAUGCCGACAGUUCGAAUAGUUUUGAACAAGGUAUUCAUUUUAGCCAAACUCUGAACGGAAUUAUUGUUUACUGAUACUUUUGAUCGGGUUUUUUAUCCAUUUUCUCAUAUCAUCAUCUUGAAAAUAAGAAAAAUCUAACAUUUUUCAGCCGAGGAUGAAUAGGAACAAUACAAGUUCAGUGAGAUCUCUGGUUGGAGUGCUUGAGAUAGAUGGAUUUGAAGGGUUUUUCAACCCUUAUCUUAUUCUGGAGAUACCCAUUUUAAGACUUCAAGAAGAAAUUCCAACGUUCGAUUUUGCGAACUCUGAAACAUUUCAUGACGAAGUAUUUGUUGUGGAGGGUCAGCCGUUUUAUGUCCAAUCUCAGGUUCGUGGUGCUCUUUAUCAUGUAGAAAAAUGAUUUUUGAAACAUUUUCGCGUUUCUUUUUCCAGAAGGGGAAGAUAUUUGCUCGUAAAUAUUGAGGGUUUUUUUUUUAAAUUUCAAUAAAUUACACGUUUUCUGGUACUAAUCAGAUAUUUUUUCAGAACGUUUUCGUGCAUUCUCCGGUCCUUGAAAGGAUCGUCAACGAGAAGAAAAAUGAAAUGAAAGAAGACAAAAUAAAGAAAGAAAUCGAAGAAGAACAAAUCAGUGGAAUCGAGCUGAAUGACGUCACAGCCGACGAGUUUCGACAUUUUUUGAACGCAAUUCAUCCCUUUCGUGAUGGUAUUUGUGGUGAUUUUGUUCUCGAGAUCAUUUUGAAUACUAAAGUUUAUUUGAAGCCAAAAACGUUGGAGCUGUUCUGAGGCUGGCUGAAAUGUACGAAGCGGCAUCUCUUUUUCGCGAAAAUGCGAGCGGUUUCUGCGCUCCGAAGAAGGAAAGAAGAUUUGCGUCGUGCAGCGAUUGACUGGGCCGCCCGAUACCGUAUGAAUGACCUUGAGGUACCUGUUUCAACUCUUAAGAGAAUAAUCGAUUUUCUGUUUCAGAACGACCUGUACCAGUCGAUGAACGGUCUCCACAUGCUGGCCCAGUUGGGCGAAAAUCCUGAAUGGACUAAUUUGUGCGAAGCCGCCAAAACGCGAAUAAUUGACUUUUUCUUCCGCCUUGAAAGAUCAUUCGCACAAACCAUCUUGCGUUUUCUGUGAACGGAAACUCUCUUUCUCGAUUUUCAUAAUGGAAAUCUAGGAUUUUAAAAGCAUCCGAAUUUCCAUGCAUGAACACAAAAAAUCCCAUUUUUUAAAUUCGUCUCUGACAUGGAAAAAUCUUUCCAAAAUAUCUUGAAAGGAUCCGCGAAUUUUUAAAAUUCAUCGGUGAUUAACGUUUGUGGACUUAUUUCCUUCCUACUUGUAUACUUAUCCUUUUCUCAACCAAAAAGCCUUUUUUUUCUAUUCUGCAUCAUCUUGUUAUCUUGUUACUUUUUUUCCGUUGCUACUGUUUUUAAUCAUAAAUUUUUACUUUUUUAUAGAACCAUCCAUUUUAGUCCUACUCCCUGUUCGAUUCUUGAAAUAUUUUUAUUGAAAAAUUAUUAAUUUUUAUGAGUGGGAUCUAACUUGAUCCCUUCAGAUGUUAUUGUUCCCUGUCAAGAGGAAAAAACCCUCCGUUUCGGACCAUAACAGACUCGAAUUCGAUCAUGCUCUCGAUGCAAAAGAGCAACGAUACGAACUCACGAUCCGCAAUUUAAAGGAGCAACAACUCAAUCAACUUGAAAAACUCGAGAAGAAGUCAGAGUGCGAUCGAGUCAAAUUGGAACUGUUAACUCUCAAACAUCGUUUCGAGACCUUCAUCGGAAACUCAGAUGUUCUGCACUACGAAAACGCGAGACUGCAAGCCUCUGUAGAAGAACUGACCCUGACCAAUUCGGAAAUCAGAGCCCUCCGCGAGAAUCUUAUAAGUUUACAUAAUGAAAACGCGAAAUUGAAGGCCUCCGUGGAAAAAUUGACUUUGGAGAACUUGGAACUUGAAUAUCUACGCGAGAAACAGAAAGAUUCGCAAUAUGGAAAUUUCGAAGCUAAGCAAGGAGAUGCGAAGUUGAGAGAACUAUUGCAUGAACUGAGUUUGACGAAAACGAAGGUCAAAGUUCAACGCAAGAAUCUCAACUAUUUGUCUUUCCAUAAUGACAACCUCGGAUCCGAGGUUCGACACCUGAAAUCGGCCUUGUCUACUUUCAAAGAAACUGAACCAAUAGAAGAUGAGCGACCGUGCCCCCUAAAUAAUUCUCCGUCUGUGGUAAUGAUAGAUAGGAGAUAAAUAUUAUUUUUAUGAUGUCAGUUUACUGCGGCCGAAGCUCCAGCUCAAACUGAUGCAAAUUGGUUGACAUAG